UUCUCCAGAUAGAAGAAGAAGAAGGAAAAAAAACACGCUAGCUUGUGAUUCAGAGGCGGUUGCCGUGUUUUUGUCAUGUUGCUGUCUUGUUGCCCAAGUUUUAACAUAGCAUUAUAAAAGUAUAAUGUAAUAAAAUUCUCCAGAAACAGAAACACACCAAGUUUCGAACUUUCAAAUUGUCUUCCAGGACCUUUACUUUAUUUUUAUUUUAUUUUGUAAAUAAAGUGCCAUUUCUACUUCUUUUAAAGCUUCAAGCUUAACCAGCUGUCAAACAAGGCUAGUUUCUUGCUUCUUUUUGUUUUUUGUUUAUCUGGGUUUUGGAUUAGAAUUGAAGAAGUUUCGUUCGUUAUAUUGUUGAUUUGUUUUAAUUUUUGGUGCUGUUUCUUAAGAUCGUUACUUUCUUUUUAAAAGUAGCAGAGUUUUAUUACAAUAUAUAGUAAUAAUGGAAUCUCCUCUAGUGUUAGGUGCUACUGUGGCUGCCGCUGCCUGGAGUGGUAGAUUUUUAAUUGGAGCAUGGCAAGUAUUCAAAGCUCGGCCUGUAGUUCCGCGUGUUCAAAGAUUUUAUAAAGGUGGGUUCGAGCAGGAGAUGACAAGGAGAGAAGCAGCUUUAAUUCUUGGAGUGAGAGAGAGUGCUGUAAUGGAGAAGAUCAAGGAGGCUCAUAGGAGAGUGAUGGUGGCAAAUCACCCUGAUGCUGGAGGGAGCCAUUAUCUUGCUUCAAAGAUCAACGAAGCCAAAGAGGUCAUGUCGGGGAAAACUAAGGUGGGUGCCUCAAUCUUUUAGGUGAUACACAAAAGAUAUCAAUACAUGAUUAAAGAGUCUUUUUUGUUUCCUUGUAAUCUUCAUAGCUUGUUGUAAUUGUCCGAAACAUGACACUCGGAUUUUUAAGUUCUAAUUUCCCCUGAGAUGGGAGUUUCGGGAUAAACUCUUGGUUGGUUGAGAAAAAAAAAAUUAGUGAAGUUGCAACAUUCAACA